GCCUCCCACCCCCGCGGUUCUCCCGGCCCCCCGCCACCAUGCACCGCUCACUCCGCGCCUGCCGCCGCCUCGGCAGCUCCGCUGGACUCCUGCUCUCCCGGCCGCCGCCCUCGCUGGAUCCCGCCGCGCCUCGCUGGAUCCCGCCGCCCCGCGCCGCCAUGUCCACUCAAGAGGCUUUUAGGAUAGAAUAUGAUACCUUUGGUGAACUCAAGGUCCCAAGUGACAAAUACUAUGGUGCCCAAACUGUAAGAUCGACAAUGAACUUCAAGAUCGGAGGUGUUUCAGAAAGGAUGCCAGUUCAAGUCAUAAGGGCUUUUGGCAUCUUGAAGAGAGCAGCUGCUGAAGUAAAUCAAGAUUAUGGUCUUGACCCAAAGAUUGCUAAAGCUAUUGUACAGGCGGCAAAUGAGGUAGCUGAAGGAAAAUUAAAUGAUCACUUCCCAUUAGUGGUGUGGCAGACUGGGUCUGGAACUCAAACCAACAUGAAUGUCAACGAAGUCAUCAGCAAUAGAGCCAUUGAGAUAAUGGGGGGCACCCUGGGGAGCAAAAAGCCAGUACAUCCAAAUGACCAUGUUAACAAAAGCCAGAGUUCCAAUGACACUUUCCCAACAGCAAUGCAUAUUGCUGCUGCCCAGGAGGUUAAUGAGGUGUUGUUACCUGGACUGAAGAAGCUACAGAAUGCACUUGAAGGAAAAUCCAAAGAGUUUUCCCAAAUCAUAAAAAUAGGGCGCACUCACACGCAAGAUGCUGUUCCACUUACACUUGGACAGGAAUUUAGUGGUUAUGUGCAACAAAUUAAAUAUGGUGUGGCUAGGAUUGAAUCAACCAUGCCCAGAGUAUAUCAGCUGGCAGCUGGCGGCACUGCAGUUGGCACAGGAUUAAACACAAGAAUUGGCUUUGCUGAGAAAGUUGCUGCUAAAGUGGCUGAACUGACAGGUUUGCCUUUUGUCACUGCUCCAAAUAAGUUUGAAGCUCUUGCAGCCCACGAUGCUCUAGUUGAACUCAGUGGAGCCAUGAACACGGUGGCGUGUAGUCUGAUGAAAAUAGCUAAUGAUAUUCGUUUCCUGGGCUCUGGACCGCGCUCUGGACUAGGAGAACUCAUCCUGCCUGAAAACGAACCAGGAAGCAGCAUCAUGCCAGGAAAAGUGAACCCUACCCAGUGUGAAGCUGUAACCAUGGUGGCAGCCCAAGUUAUGGGAAACCAUGUUGCCGUUACUGUAGGAGGAAGCAAUGGACACUUUGAACUGAAUGUCUUUAAGCCCAUGAUGAUUAAAAAUGUUUUAAACUCUGCAAGACUUCUUGGAGAUGUGUGUGUUUCUUUCACUGACAACUGUGUAGUAGGAAUUCAAGCCAAUACCGAGAGGAUCAACAAACUGAUGAAUGAAUCUUUGAUGUUGGUUACAGCACUGAACCCACAUAUAGGAUAUGAUAAAGCAGCUAAGAUUGCCAAAACUGCGCACAAAGAGGGGACAACAUUAAAAGAAGCUGCUAUAAAGCUGGGGUUCCUUACGUCAGACCAGUUUGACCAGUGGGUGAAGCCUAAAGAUAUGUUAGGUCCUCAGUAACUCCUGUACAAAAUAAAAAAAGUGUUCUUAAUAUUAAAAAAAUAAAUAUGAUAUCACAGAA